AUUGUGCAUAGUAUUCACGAAAAUUUCCAAAAAAAAAAAAAAAUAUAAAAAUCUAUCAAUUGUUGAAUGUGUAACAAUAAAGCAAAAAAUUAGUGCUUGCAAGAAGAAGAAGCAACCGAGCAAAAUUUUACAGUGAAGAAGCAGCAAAUAAUGUCAAAAAGUGCCACUGAGCAAUAUCAAAUCAAAAAGAAGCGAAAACACAAUAAAAACAAACUAAGCAACAACAACAACAACCAAGUGAAAAACACAAACAAAAUCUAUAAAAAUCAAAUUAAACUCAACAAAAGCAAGAACAACACCAAUAAUACACACAAAGUGCACAACAAAAAUCCGACAAUUACUGGCGGCGAUUUAAUUAAGCAAUUAACGCUCACUGAAAUUUGCCUGCAGCAGCAGCAACAACACCAUCAUCAACAACAACAACAUUCACAAUUUAAGUUGCCACACAACUACAACUACAGCAUACAUUUAUCGGCACCACCAAAAGCAAUCGUCAGCGCAAGCGUCGAAAACGACGUUCUUGUGACGUGUGGGUGCGCGUUGUGCAACAACCUUCACGUAAGCGGCGCCGCCCUACGCCAGCGCGGCAUAUGCGACAACGUUCAGGUGGUGUUACCGCACAGCGAGCAUAGCUGUACCAUUAGCAAGAACAACAACAACAGCAAUAACAACAAAAACAUUCUUAGUAAGAGCAACAGCAACAGCAACGUCAGCUGCAAAAUGCCACUCUCACAAGGCUUCUCAGCUAAGGUGUGCGGCGGCGCAGUAAAGCGCACCGCAGCUAAACCUGCGCUACCCUACCAAGUGGAGGCCGCUAAGCGCAGCAAAUCAGCCGCCGCGGACCAUUUUGCACGUCUCAAUCGGCAGCAAUAUCUGCACGCGCGCCAAGCCUGUGGCAUUAGCGUCAACAACAACAACAAGUGCUCAAAGAGUAGCAACAACAAAUUUGGCGCUACUUACAAGUCCACGUCUCCGCCAGGUUCGGCAACGCCUUUAUUUACUGCGGGUGGCAACUAUGCGCCCGCCACUGCUCUUACGCACAGCAGCAACUUGCAGUUCUAUUAUUUGUUAGCUGAGUCAUUGACGCGCUAUGGCAGCCUGCUGGAGGCAUUCGAUGUUUACGCAUUUAUAGCCAAUGAGCAGCAGGACAGCUGCAUACCGCUGGACCGUCUCAACACUUUUGCCAGCGCGUUGAUUACGUAUGCACGUCAAAUGGGCGCACAACCCAAUAGCAGUGCCCCAAAAUUGAUAUCAGCAUCGGGCACCGGUGUGGCCAAACUCUCCGAUUGUGCUGCGCUAGAGUCGACAUUGAAGGUGAAGUAUGCACGCAGUGCGGCCAACUGGAGUGGAACGGCAGAUGGCGUGGCAUGCGGCAUUACGGCUACCACACCGCCAGUACCAGAUGCUGUGGUUGGUGCGGGACUGACGGACAUGCAUUCGCCUACGCGAGAAUUAUUGCGCGUGCCGAGCCCCACGCAGAAUGAGGACUACGAUCCGUUGCUUUGUCCGCUUUGCAGUGAUAUUCUGCGCUGUCCGGUUACCACCAAUUGUGGCCACACUUUCUGUCGCCAGUGCUGCGAAACCAUAACGCAAUGUAAUAUCUGUCAUGUGAAAUUUCCACGCAGCACUUUAGACGACUUUGUCUCUGUCUCAGAGGUGUCGAGUGGCGCGCGAAACUAUGCAAAUACGUCCACCUCGACACUGGCAACGCUAACAACCGCAACAAUGUCAGCAACGGCAUUUGGCACGUCCGCAGCGUCAACCGCAAAUGCAUACAUGAUGCCAUCAACAAGUUUAGGACUAUCUACCGCGGCUUUGUCGACUGCAUCAUCAACCAAUUCCAACCAGAAUUCGUCGGCGGCAGCAACAUUAUUCACAGGCAUUUCCACAAACGCGCCAGCUGCUUCAAGCGCAGUGCCGACAGCAGCAAACGAUAAUCCUUUGCUGCUGAGACGCUUGCAAACGCGCAACCUCGCUAGUGGCAGCAGUGGCAACGAUGGCUUUGGAACAACUGUUGCGCCAAAUCGUUUGCACUUGCUGCCUGCGCCAACUUCCCCAACUACAGUGACAACGGCGACUGUUGCCUCAACAACGGCCACUGCCACAACAACGAUGGCCUCUUCGGCAUCGGGCGGUGGUGGCACAGCUGUCGCAAUAAGUGGGGCGGCCGCAAAUAUGAAAUUCAUGCCCGACGUGUUGGUGCGUCGACUGGUGGAGAAGUGGUGGGGCGCCGAACUGCAGGCGAAGAAAAACAACGAAACCGCGGCCAGCUACAUGCACAUGAACUUACUCGAUGACGCGUUGAAAUUUUGCAAUGUCAGCCUAGAGAAAUCGCCCGCAAAUUUCAAGAGUUUACUGCUUCGUGCCGAAGUCCUACGCAAACUAAAUCAUUUCCAAAGCUCGUUGGCCGACGUUGAGAACUCGUUGAAGACGCGCUACACCUCAGCGAAGGCGCACUACCUACGUGCGCUGGCCCUGUGCGAUCUUGGCCGUUGCGAUGAGGCACUCUACGACAACUGCUUAGCCAUCAGUCUCGAUAAGGAUGCACAACUCACCAGCUCGGAGCUAUUUCAACAUGAUCUCGCAAAGAAUUUGCAGAAACUUCUCGCCCAAACUCCAAAAAGUAAAUCGCUGCUUCAGCGUACCUUCAGCUCAGGCGCACCCACUGCCUCAGUCCCCUACAAACUGCUUGCGGCAGAACAACACUUGCGCCGACGCAAACAAAUCGCUUUGCUCAGCAAUGCCAACGGCGAUCAUCUGAGUUCAUUCGAUGACGAAUUUAUACCGUACGACAGUAAAUGUGAUAUUAUCGCCGAUAGCGACUACUUGACCGCAAUGGAUGCUACCAUCGCUGGCGGUGGUGUUGUUGAUGAUGACGGUCGCAGUGGCGCUAACAUUUCCGAGUAUAUUUCGGGCAUCGGUGGCACGCUCAUGGACAAGCGUUUCUCGAUUUAUGCGGGUAUGGAGAAACAAUUCGAUACUGAGUUGCGGCGACAGGCAUCACGCAAGCAUUUCCGCCGGAAAUGGUCGAAGAAAGAAACGGAAUUGGUGCCUACACUAAGCGCGACACUGGAGGAGAUGCACUACAGCGCGCUCUUUCGUAAUACCUUGGAUAGGGUGCAGCAGGAGCUACAGCGGCUGAAAAAGCUCGAUUUGGCAAGUGGUACGCCACAGAAGCAGCUGUUGCAAGUGCCCGCCGGACUGGUGGAUGCCAGUGAUUUUGAUUGUGUGCUGUGUUGCCGCACGUUCUGGAAGCCGGUGGUGACGCCAUGCGGUCACACCUACUGCCGGGUAUGCUUGGAUCGUUGCAUGGAUUACACCUCCUCGUGUCCAUUGUGCAUGUCGCCACUUGUGGAACCAAAUGUUAAUACCAUGUAUCAGGGUUCCUCCUCGCCUGUUCCCUUCAUUGUGGCCAAGCGGCCAGUGACCCAAUUUCUUGAAGCCGCAAUGAAACGAUUCAUUCCAGAACACUACGAGAAACGUUUCCGACAGGAGAUCGAUUUGGAGCCAUCGGUGCCGGUCUUCAUUUGCACCACCGCUUUUCCGUACGUACCCUGCCCGCUGUUUGUCUACGAGCCACGCUACCGGCUAAUGGUGCGACGCGCUGUCGAAUCGGGUGAGAAGCAAUUCGGCAUAGUGCAGCCGAAUAGCGGUAAAUCGCGCUACUUUGAUGUCGGCACAAUGCUCGACAUACGUGACUGUGUGUUGCUCGGCGAUGGUUGUUCGAUACUCAGUACGGUGGGCUGUAAACGUUUCAAGAUUUUGGCGCGCAACGAGAAGGACGGCUAUGAAACAGCUAAAGUGGAGUACAUCUAUGACGAGACGAUACCCGAUGAGAUGGUGAAGGUGGUGAACAACAUGCACGCAAUCGUUUUGGCGAAAGCGAUCGAAUGGUUCGAGAGCCUCAGCACCGAACUGAAGCAGGAGAUAUUGCAAAGCCUAGGCGAAAUGCCGGCAGUGGAAGAGAACUGGGAGACAAUUGCCGAUGGGCCGGCGUGGGCUUGGUGGAUCAUUGCGUUGUUACCGCUCAAUCAACAACUAAAGGUUGACAUUCUCGCGACGACUUCGCUGGAGAAACGGCUGCGCGCCAUCGAGAAGACGCUCGACUACAUGUCAGGCACACUGCGACGCACGCAACAGCACGAUUGCAGUGUUGUGGUAGCGCAACAACAGCAACAACAACAACAGCAACAGCAGCAACAAUUACAGCAAGAACAGCAGGAGGAGUGCGACAAUGAACUGCCGCAAAGCGAUGAAUGCUGUCAACGUGCAACGGCGAAUGCGCUGCGUACCGUCAACGGAGAGCCGCACCAUCAUCACCAUCACCACCAUCAUCAUCACCACCACCAUCACCAUCAUCAUGCGAGUGGCAGUGAACAACAGUUGUUGCUGUAGUGUUGUGGUACCGGGGCAAGAUUGUCAAGGGAAGAGCAUAUAAAUGGAGUGGGGAGUAGAGGAAAUAAUGGAAAUAGGGAAAUCAAACGUAAAAACCAAACGGAAAUUGUGAGAAGUGAAGAGUGAACAGUGAACAGUGGAGAGUGAGUGAUGAACAGUGAAGCGUUAAAGCCGCAGAAAGUCAACCAACAAAUACCAAAAGCUUUAAAACAUUUCAAAAAUGAAUUAAUAAAAUAAACUUAACUAAAAAUCACCAAAUAUGAAAUUUGCGCAUUGCGCAUGCGUAACCUCUGCGUAGCACACACCAACUGACGCACCUAAAACAUAUUUAAACACUUGCUGCAUUUUGCAGUCUCCAAAAACUAUAUGGCAACACCACGUAUAAUGCCACAUUUAGAUUUAGUUUUCCUAAUUUGUAUUUGUCUAACACUUCUGUAUAUGCAAAGAGGUGCAAACGACGUAGGUAUAACAAAGAAAUUAGUCUAUAAAAAUAUAUGUGUAAUGUUUGUGUGGGCAGUUUUAGAAAUUUAAUGUAAUUAAUUAUCGUAAUUGUCUUAUACCAAUAAAAAAUGAGGGAAUUUAUCAAAGCAUACAAACUAAGUAAGCAAAAGUUAAACGAAAAUAUUUAAUGUAAUAGCAAAACGCGAAUUGAGAACCACAUGCAUGCGUGCAUACCAACAUUGGACAAAUUUUAAUACGAAAAAACUAAAACAUAACUGUUUAGAUGCCAAAAAUAGCGAAAAGUGAAUAUUUCCAAUAAUGGAUGUUGCAAAUAUUAGAGUAGCAAUUCGAUGUGUGAUUGUAUUGUGUAGAGUAGAAAUUCUUUGCGAAAAUUUCGAGAUAUAGUGGUACAUAAAAUAAUGUAGUUUCGAUGUUAAACACCAGAAUAAAAUACAAAAAAUUAU